AUGUCAGAUUUGAUAUUCUUCAAAUCAAGUAUGUACUGCUACUAUAUAAAAGAGAGUAAGUAAGAGAGAGAGAUUGAGUACUAACUAUUGACUAGAACGUGUUGCUGUUAUUACUUCCGACGCUAGAUUUUUUGAAGGAAUUUUAGAAGGUUAUGAUAAACAAACUAAUAUAAUACUAUGUAAAUGUAAUGAAAUAAUUAUAGAACAAAAUGAUAAUGAGGAUAAUCAAGUCAUUGAAUCUGGUGUUUAUAUUAUACGAGGUAAUGAAAUUGUGUGUAUUGGAGAAAUAGAUGUUGAUAAAGAAAUAGAUUGGUUGAAAAUUAAAGGUUGGCCUUUGAAAGGUACUAAAAAUCCAUUAAAAUAA